AUGAAUGCGCUAUGGUGCUUAGCAUUCUUGACAGGUCUUGUAAAAUGCUUAGAUGCUAUCAAAGAUACCGUGCCUGCUAUUCUAUGUAGCUACAAGUUAUCUCCUGGAAUGAUGCAGUUUCAGGUGGAACUUAAUGGCUCAAGCGCCCUCUCUAAAUCAGAAUUCCUGGGAAUAGCUAAGACCAUGAUAUCACGUCGACACUCCGAUGCAUAUGUGCUGGUUGACAUUCCGGGGUUGGCGGCUUCCGACUUUUCCGUUUACGAGGAGGAGAUGGAGGGCAUAAGAUACUUUGUCCAAAGCAGUUCAACUGCUUUAGGCUUCAGCGAGGUCAAUUUGGUAGAUACCCAGACAGAUGUUUUUGAAGAACUCGCUAACUUCACGAAAGAAGAAUGGGACGUCGAUAUCCAAACAGUUAUUAGAGGCGAAGUAGAAAGCGACUUUGUUCCCUACAUCGACUCUAACCCAAGAAUAAUCAGAAUCAAUUUCAAGCCUCUUCCAGAGGAGAACACGUCCACGCCUAACAGUAGCCGGUCUAGACAAGAUGUUAUUGAGGCUUAUGACGAUUUCUUGAAAAAAGUGCUUCGUCAACUGCCUUCCCCAGAGCAAACCAUCAUACUGACAUCGUCACAAAAGCCCUCUUCCCAGGUGAUUGACGGUUCGGAAUUUUACGAUAUUCUCCCUGACCUCUUUCAAGACCCACAGAAGCUCGCAGAAGUUGAGAUUAACGAUAAAAAUUUACACAACAAACCACAGUUUAAUGAACCCAAACCAAGGCACUCGCCGCCCUCUGAGGAACGCCUAAGCAUAUUGGAGCCACAAUUUUUGGAAGAGAAUCGUGGUUUAGUCGUUCUCAUUAUAAUCUCCAUUGCAUUGUUUUUCGUAUUACAAACGAUACAGCUGUGGAGGGGGAAGCCUAAACAGCCCGAUAAAACCAAAAUCACAACCGAAAAGAAGCUACAAUAA